AUGGGUAACAAGAUCCAUGCUACUAGCAAACGAUCUCUCAUGCAACGGAUUCAACGUGUCUUUCCUAUAGAUUCAUGGGGAGUUAUUGAACAUGUUACCGUCACUCCAGCUGGUGGUCAAUAUCGAACUACCAACUACAAAUACAAGAUGCCAGCUUUCCUCAUAGAUGUUAUAGGAAGAAUUCAUGAACUUGGUGAUGUACAGACUGUUCAAGUUUCUGGCGAAGACAGAAAGAGGGUUCAGUUUCGCUUAGUUGACGCAGAAGGAAACAAUCUAGCAUGCUGUCUCUGGGGAACAUAUGCCGAGCAACUUGAACCGUUUUCUGGCAAAGAUCAAACAAUUAUUUGUUUGAUCAGGUUUGCAAAAAUCAAGGAAUUUAGAGGAGAGCUGCAAAUCACUAAUGCUUUUGAUGCUUCACGUCUGUUCCUGAAUGCAAUGAUCCCUGAAGUUACCCAUUUAACUGAAAGAUUCAAGCUACAUUUGGUUGUCAAAGAUGACUCUGCAACAUGUAAUUUGAUGUUACUAGGCUCUGUUGGUAAGUCCAUCGUCGCAGUGGAUGCUGAAGAAUUAUGGGAUGGAUCUUAUGAGGAGAUUGAAGAUCCAGAGAUAUUACCAGAACCUAUUCUUAGUUUGGUUGGAAAGUCUUUCUGUUUUGGUAUUUCCAUAACGUCAGACAAUGUCACAAAUGGUUCAGACACUUUUGUUGUUUUAGAGGUUUGUUCUGGAGAUAAAGUUCUUACUAUCGAGACUGACUCUCAAUCUAAUUCUGAUAUGGUCACUACUUCUUCUACCAUGUCAUCUGGAUCAGCCAUGAUGUUGGAUCAAAUUUCCUCUGAUGAGUGUCCAACUCCUAUAACAAAGCGCAAGGAAUAUGAUUAUGACCUACAGGACCUAACAUCUUCUUCCAAGAAACAAUGCAUCAAGAUCAUCAAACAAGAGAAGACCAAGAAUGAUUAG